AUGGGGGAAGUGCAUGCUAAGGUGCAGGAUAAUUCCACUGAUUGGGGCACUGAGAAGCCAACAGGCGAGGCAAUUGUAUCUGGACAACCAGUGGAAAUGGAUACUUGGGCUGAUAAGGGUGCUAAAAUGGAUUCAGAUGCAGGUGAUGAUAAUUGGGAGAAGUCGUCCAGCACUCCUGAGGCAUCAAAUAAAAAUCAGAAAAUACAUGGGACAAAAGAAAAGGAGAUGGAGGUUAUGGCGCCUGGGAGAAGAAGUCUGAUGAUGGCCAUGGCAAUUGGGAGCAUCCCAGCAACUGGAAUGGGCAGAGUUUGA